CGAUAACAACCACCACCACCACCACCACCAAGCCACCAAGCCACCAACCAACCUCAGCUCAACAUCAACAGCCAAUUUUCCAAACUCCUCAUCUCUCAAUCCCACCACUCAACCGAAACCAAAACCACUACCCUCCCAAUGAAACAAUGACCACCACCCCCAGCACCAACCUCCUCCCCCUCCGACUCCAACUCCACGAAAUCAUCCCCCACGCCCUCCUCACCAUCCUAAACCCCGACUCAACCGACCCCAUCCACCGCUGCUUCAACAACACCUCCGUCCUCAAAUCCCACCUCUGCGACCCGUCCUCCGCCCUACCCCUCGCCGACUCCCAUCUCCGCGUCUUCCCCUUCAAAGAUGUCGAUGUCUGUUGGCGUCGACUGUACACCGACGCGAGCAUCGUCAAAGCAUGUUUGACUAUCUGUGAGAAUAUGGGAUUUCCGCGCGAGGGUGGGGGGAGGAAGCGCAAGAGAGAAGAAGGACAGUCGCAAUCUCGUGUGGAAUAUGUGUUGAGGAUCGUGGAGGAGGUAAGGGAGUGCGGUUCUGAAGGGGUGCGUUUAGGGGUGGGGAAGGUGGAUGAGGAUGCAGAUGCAGAUACAGAGAAAGGGUGGAUUACAUCUACAGUGGAGGUUCUUGAUAAGGCGUUGAUUAUGACGGGGGCGCCGUUACGGGAGGAGGUUAUUGAGAUGGUUCUUUGUGCUUUGCAGGAUGUGAUUGAGCCGGAGGAGAAGAAGAGUGGGAUUGAUGAGAAGGAUACAGAAAAAGGGGAAGGGGAUACUACGACGCCGCUCUUCUCCUCCUCUGACGCCGCACCCACGCCUGAAAACAAGUUCCCCAUUCCGCGAAUAUCAGCGCCCUCGUUCGAAUCCUUCCAACACCAUGUCCGGAAGGCCAAAACACCAAUUGUGAUAACAGAUGCGGUGGGACAUUGGCCGGCGAUGUCGUCGCGGCCGUGGGCCUCAAGGAAGUAUUGGUUCGAUCGCACGUUCGGAGGACGCAGACUUGUUCCCGUGGAGAUCGGAAGGGCGUAUACAGAUGAGGACUGGGGACAGCGGAUAAUGCCCUUUGGGGAGUUUGUGGGGAGGUAUCUUGAUCGUGGGGGGGAGCGGGAUGAUAAUGAUGGGGAUGAUGGUCCAACGGGGUACUUGGCACAACAUGAUCUGCUCUCGCAGAUUCCGGCACUGCGGAGGGAUAUCUCGGUUCCGGAUUAUUGUUUUGUGGAUGUCCCUGGGCCGGAGCCUGGGACUCCACUGUAUAUGAAGAAGAUGAGAGACGAGGAGGAGAGGAAGCGGAAGGUUGAGAUGGGGAUGGGGAUGGAGCCUGUCCAAAAGCAGAAACAACACGAUGACGACUCCCAAACCUCCGAGGAUGAGUCCGACGACCCGCUCAUCAACACCUGGAUUGGCCCCUCAUGGACAAUAUCCCCUCUCCACCACGACCCCUACCACAACAUCUUCGUCCAAGUAGUAGGCGCCAAAUACCUCCGACUCUACUCACCUCAUACCCCCGCCUCCCAGAUCCACCCCAAGGGGAAAGAAACCGUCAAUCGAACGCCCGAGCAUGAAGAAGAAGACGAGCAAUCCCACCCCGAAACCCAACCCAACCAAGACACAGAGCAACCCACCGAAGACCCCCAACUCAUCGACAUGUCCAACACCUCACAAGUCGAUCUAGCCGCCAUCGAAAUGUCCACCGCCGAAGCAGAACAAUGGGAAGACCUAUGGCCCGGGUUCCUGCAAGCCGAGUACCUCGAAACAGUGCUUAAAGAAGGCGAGUGUUUAUAUAUUCCUGUGGGAUGGUGGCAUUAUGUUCGAAGUUUGCAGGGUGGGGUGAGUGUUAGUUUUUGGUGGGGGUAGGUUACUAGUGAUUAGAUACUCGUGUAUGUAUAUGACUGGAGAUUAUAUCAUUCAGUAAACA